AUGUGGAGCCACUCUCAGUCAAAACCACUCAUCAGUGUCAUCACCCUCCUCAACCUCCUCCUCCCCGCCCUAACCCUCUCCCCGUGCCGCACCACCUGCGGCCCCAUCCCCGUAAACUAUCCCUUCGGCCUCGACGACGGCUGCGGCGCGCCGCAGUUCCGUGGCAUGCUCAACUGCUCCACCGACCUCUUCUUCACCACCCCAUCCGGCAACUACAAAGUCCAGUCUAUCGACUACGACAAGAAAAACCUCGUCGUUUACGACCCCGCCAUGUCAACCUGCUCCAUCCUCCAACCCCACCACGACUUCCUCUUGACCCCUAUCCAAUCCGCCAUAAUCCCACCGACCUCGGACACCGUCUUCGCCCUCCUCAACUGCUCCGUCGACUCCCCUGUCCUCAACCACUACAAGUCCCUCUGCUUCAACUUCUCCGGCCACUCCUGCGACGAGCUUUACAACUCAUGCAACGCGUUUCGGCUUUUUCGGUCGGGCUUGGGAUUAACCAACGGGACUAAUAGUACUGGUAGUACUGAUUUUGUUCCGCCGUGCUGUUUUACGGGGUAUGAUACUGUGAAGUUCAUGAGCAUGAAUAUUUUGGACUGUACGCAUUAUACUAGCGUGACUAAUACGGAUCGGUUGAGAGGUUUGGGACCGUUGGAUUGGGUUUAUGGGAUUAAGUUGAGCUUUGCGGUUCCGGAUACUGGGUGUGAGAGAUGUGCUGAGUCCGGUGGGACUUGUGGGUUUGAUACUGAGACUCAAGUGUCUCUCUGCCUCUGCUCUACUUUCAACAAUUCUACUAGAGAAUGUGUGAUACGGCAGAAGGACGAGAUUGUGCUCCCUGGAUACUCUUUCAAGCAUUCUUUGUGA